AUCAUGGCGACGUUGGAAAGAAUUUCGGUGCUAGCCGCCGUUAUAUUUUCUUCAUUCCUGCCGAGUUUUGCCGUUUUCAGUCCCCGUGUUGUUGAAACACAGCUUCUAUGGGAACCCAACAUCAUUGGAGAUGUUUCAUGUUAUCGUAUUCCUAUCAUUACGAGACUUCCAACGGGUUCUUUGAUAGCUUUUUCUGAGGCGAGGAAAUUUUCCACCGGCGAUUCUGGAGCAAAGUUUCUGGCCUACCGCACGUCCGAUCCUGAUGUGCGAACGAACGGUGGAGCUGGUGAUCUAUGGUCACUAACUCAAUUCUUAAUAGAUGACUAUCAGGCUACAGACGGACUCAAUCUAGGUGCGGUCAUUGUCGACAAAGUCAAGAACUACACAAUCGUUCUCUACUCAGUCUGCGCCCACACAGCCUGCCCCGCUAGGGGUAACCUCCGAGGCAACUACAUGAAACGCAGUAAAGACUUCGGCAAGACGUGGGAGCCACCGGCUGAUAUUUCCAGCGGUAACUCAGCCUUGAGGAACCUCUCAUGGUCAGCAGGACCAGGAUAUGGGAUUCAGAAGAUGCAUGCUCCUCACAAGGGUCGACUUAUCGCCUGUGGUCAUGCAAACGACUUGAAUUCCCUGUCGAUGUUCUGCGUCGUUAGUGAUGAUCAUGGAGAUUCUUGGAAGAAGGCGGGAACAGUUUUCCACCUUCCAUACGAAGGAAAGUUGCUACAUGGUGACUUCGCUCCAACUGAAGUGCAGAUGGUUGAAUUAGCCAAUGGCACCAUUCUCUUCAACGCUCGAAGCGAAGGGCGUUAUCGUUGUGCUUGUCGGAUUAUCAUGAUGAGCUAUGACGGCGCGGAAACCAUUCCCAUGGAAACGGUGCGCAUCGACACCACUCUAAUCGACCCAACCUGUGCAGGAAGCGUGCUUCUCCACAAUGACAUGAUGUUCUUCACGAACGCUGCCAGUAGUUUAAGCCGCAUUAAUCUCACGCUGCGAUGGAGCGCCAAUGCUGGUCUUACCUGGGCGGGGUCCCUCGUCAUCAACCCUGGAGUUAGUGAAUAUUCUUGCCUGACGGUUGUGGACGAUAAUCAUAUUGGUAUUGUGUACGAAGAAGGGAAUAACGGUUUAUGGUUUGUCAAAGUCAGGUUGAAUUCAUAAAAUGUACAAAUUGAAAAUUGGACCAAGAAUUAAUAGACCUUAUGCACUGGACUUCACCACAAAUGUGCCCCCCUCCCCAAUACUUUUCAAACUCAAAAUUGCUUAAAGGAGCCCUGAGGUCAAGGCCUCUGUUGCCCUGGUCUUGGCGUUGGUGCCCCUUCAAAGAUUUGUAAAGACUUUCCUAAUGGAAUUGCCCUUUGCAAAAAAAAAAAAAAAAAAUGGUACUUGCCCUCUCAAAGAUCCAAGGUCUAAAGGGGGUGGGAUGACUUUGGUGCUUAAGGUCUGUGGUCAGCGCUACUCUAAUAUUAAUGAAAUUAAUUGCAAUUAUGAAACAAUCUUAAAUUAUUAGUGUUGAGCAUUAUUGUUGUGUGACAACUGUAAUGUAUAUACGCACAGGGUUAACCUUAAUUGUAAAUGUAUGUGAAUUAAGGUUAUUUGAAAUGACAGUCUGUACAAAUUUUGUUUCAAUGGAUUUAUUUGAUUUGCAAAUACAGGAUUGUAAAAAUGUUCCGUUUUUAUUUGUCAAAUUGGGGUCAUUUGAAUGUCCCGUGCUAUUUUCCCAAGUCAGUACUGGGAUGAAAAAAAAUGCUUUUGUGUUUGUCAUGCGUAGGUUUUAUUUCUACGCUUCUUUUAGUGGCGUAAACAUCACUUGUCAAAGAUGCCUGUGAACGCUGGGCCCACUGGCUGUGGAUAAUGCCUACCCAUUAAAUUGCAUUAAAUGAUUGUUGCUUGGAUUCAAAAUUGUCUAAAAAGGCAACUCAUUGUAAUUUAAUCUUUGAAAUGAUAAAAACUGUUAUUUGUACUUACAAAUCUUCUUUAUACUAAAUAGAGUAUUUCAUUUUAGUUUUAUGUCAUACAAUCUUGGACUUUGAUUACUUUCCUCAGUAAUUAUUUUUGAAGUCAAAUUUUUGAGCGCCAAAGAAGAAUAAUUUCGUUCUCAGGGAAGACUUGAAAGUUAAUCCCAAAACAUGACAGUUUCUUUCUUAAAUACUGAACUCUUUCGUUGUUACUUCUUCAGCUGAACAAAGCAAAGGAAACUCAGGUUCCAUUUUAGUGGUUCCUUCCCUGUCUUUCAGCUAUGUGGAUCCGGGUCCGAACCCUGUUUCGAACAAGAGCUUUCAGCAUUUGGAUUGGGUGUUCUGAUUGCAUGGGCUUCCCCCAGUUGGGGUUUUCAAGUACAUGUACAUGUAUCUUCAGGCCUGUGGGGCCAUAGUGCUAGGCACUUCUGAGAAUUCACUUCUGAGAAUUUAUAUGAUCAGUGAUCGUGACAUUGUUUUAAUCAUAAGUUAAAGACUACAGCACCUCGGCAAGUAAUAUUUUAAGAGAAGCUUUCUACUACCACUAUCUUCAAACGAUGUAAGUUUAUUGUAAAUCUGUGGACAUUGUAUCAUUUAGCAAUUUCAGAAUCAGCUGUGUUUGGAUGUUUUGUAUUUUCUCUCAAACGUUAUUUCCUCUCAAAGGUUUUUUUGUUUCCUCUCAUAAUAACCUGAACUUUGUUAAGACAUGCUAGCCAAUUUCAGCAAGAAAUUUUACAAUUUCAUUGACACGCAUUCAAAUUGACUAAUUCACUCAAACCAGGGUUCUUUUUAGCUCCAGAUACAGCUAUAGGUGUGUCUGAUAAUACUUUUGUAUCGUGUUACAAUAUGUGUGCUGAAAUAAUGAUUCACUGGAAUGUUUUGAUAAUAAAAUGAAAAGCAUUGUUGAUUAAAAAUUA